CUUCUUCCCUAGUAUCCCGUAUCACUUUUCGUCCGCUCUUUCUCUCUCUUGAAAUUGUGCUCUCCAGGAGGGAAUUUUCUCUCUCUUUCUUCUGUUUAUCCCUUUCCUCUCCAAAGGGUUUUGAUCAAAUUCCUCAUACUGAUAAAGUGUAGCCGUCAAGAUUCCUCCUGCUGAAGAUCGGGGUAAACCAAUUUAGGGUUUUUCCCAUCCCAUCCAAAUUCGCCGGGCGGGAAAGAAAACUGGCAGCCAAUCGCCGCAAGUUCGGAUUUUAUUUGUCAGGGAGAGAUAGAGAGGGAAGAUAGAGAACGACAAGUCUUGGAAUCGGGCAGUGAUCGGAUUGAUUGGGGGAAAAGAGAGAUUCAGCGGCUUUGGAGAUACGCGAGACGAAGAAGAGCAAAUGCCGGAGGAAGAUUUUGUGGAGCUCAAGUUCAGGUUGUACGAUGGAACCGAUAUUGGUCCAUUUAGGUAUUCGCCGGCUUCUACGGUUGCUGUUCUGAAGGAAAGAAUCGUCGCUGAGUGGCCAAAAGAUAAAAAAAAUGCACCCAAAGGAGCAAAUGACAUCAAACUGAUAAAUGCUGGAAAGAUUUUGGAAAACAGCAAGACCGUUGGCCAGUGUAAGGCCCCUUUUGGAGAUCUACAGAAUGGUGUGAUUACCAUGCAUGUCGUCGUGCAGCCAUCUUUGGCCAAAGCAAAGACAGAGAAAAAGGUCGACGAUGCUCCAAGAAAGAAUCUAUGUUCGUGUACCAUAUUGUGAGAAGGCGCUUUGGGUUUGUUGAUUUGUUCAACUUAGGGAGGAGGGGAGGAGCUUUUAUACCGGCGGUGAUGUUGGUCCUGUUCAAAAUCUGAGGAUCGUGAUGGAUAUGAGUUGUAAGAAUGCUGUAUACAUCCUCUCACUGCCAAAACAUGUCUCUUUGUGUGUCAGGGGCUGGGGUUGAGUUCAGUCCUGCCCUUUUGAUUGUAUGUUGUGAUAAAAAAAAAAAAUGUAUUCCUACAUGUUGAUUGAAAAUUUGUGUACCUUGUUCCUCAUCACUACUGCUAAAUGAUAUAUAUAAAUCUUGCCCUUUUCUUUCAUGCGGUCUCUUCAUCCAACUCUCAUGUAAAGUGUUCUGAU